ACAAGAUUCACUCGUAGCGAAGUCUCUCAGUGAAAUACACAGAACAUAUCAUUCUCUUCCUCCUGACACACGGAGAAAGAGAAUAUUUAUUUUGUGUGUCUGCGUGUGGUUUCUAAUUACCACGACGAUGGCAGGGACCGACGGACGUGUGGACGAGGACCUUUAUUCUCGUCAGUUAUACGUCAUUGGCCAUGAUGCAGCUGCCAAGAUGGCCGAUAGUGACGUCAUCAUUGCAGGGUUGGGAGGGCUCGGGGUCGAGAUCGCCAAAAAUGUAAUUCUCAGCGGGGUCAAGUCAGUGACUUUACAUGACACCAAAGUAGCAACAAAGUAUGACCUCACAACGCAGUAUUUCUUGACCUCGGAGGACGUGGGUCAGAAUCGUGCAAUUGCAUCUCAACCCCGUUUAGCAGAACUCAACAGUUAUGUCCACGUUUAUACCAACACUGAGCCAUUGACUGAGGACUUAAUAAAGGGGUUCAGUGUUGUUGUGUUAACAGACUCAUCUUUGGAGGAACAGCUAAGGUUGACCUCGACCUGCCACUCGAGGAGCAUCCCCGUCAUCGUUGCUUCUACUCGAGGUCUGUUCGGCCAACUCUUCUGCGACUUCGGGGAAAAUUUCGAAAUCCUUGAUCCAAACGGUCGAGAAUUAGCGGUCAUUGACGUGGCUCAUAUCACAAAGGCGGAAGAAGCAGUGGUAUCUUUUCCUGACAUGAACUUCCAUGGGCUGUUUGAUGACGACCAGGUUAUUUUCACCGGCGUCAGGGGCAUGACGGAGCUAAACCACUGUCCCCCUCGUGAAGUAAAGAUUUUAUCUCCGACCCUCAUCAGCAUCGGCGACACAAGCAAGAUGUCUGACUACGAAGGCGGAGGAACCCUGAAGCAGAUUCGAGUGAGCGAGUUUAAAUCCUUCAAGUCUCUGAAGGACUCUAUCCGGAAUCCUUCCUUCGUCACCACGGACGAUCGCAAGACGCACCUCCUUCCGCUGGUCCAUGUGGCCUUCUUGGCCCUGCAUGAGUACGUGAAGGCCAAGGGGUCGCUACCUCGUCCUUGGAAUGAGGACGACGCCCAGAAGUUCCUCGAGGUCUUCGCCACUGUCAGAGGCACCUGUCCCGUCGCCAUAGAGAAGGUGGACGAGAACCUCCUGCGGAAGUUCGCCUGCACGGCCGCCGGGGAGCUCGUGCCAGUCAACGCCGUCGUCGGGAGCAUCGCCGCCCAGGAGGUCCUGAAGGCGUGCUCGGGCAAGUUCACUCCCGUGUCGCAGUGGCUUUAUUACGACGCCCUGGAGAGCCUGCCGGAAGACAAGUCGUCACUGACACCCACUCACUGCGCUCCCGAAGGCGGCCGCUACGAUGCGCAGAUCGCAGUGUUCGGGCGGGAUUUCCAGAGGAAACUGGAGAACCUGAAGUACUUCAUCGUUGGAGCGGGGGCGAUCGGCUGCGAACUCCUGAAGAACUUCGCCAUGCUGGGCAUCGGCGCCGGGGAGCGGGGGAGCCUCACCGUGACGGACAUGGACCACAUCGAGAAGAGCAAUCUCAGCAGGCAAUUCCUUUUCCGCUCCUGGGACGUGAAGAAGGCGAAGUCGCGCGUCGCCGCCGCCGCCGUCGGACGCAUGAACCCCGAGGUGCACAUCGUCUCGCACGAGCUCCGCGUUGGCUCGGAAACGGAGCACGUCUACAACUCGGAAUUCUACAGCCAACUGGAUGGAGUGGCCAACGCUCUUGACAACGUCGAGGCCAGAAGGUACAUGGACGGGCGGUGCUGGCACUACCGGAAGCCUCUCCUGGAGUCGGGGACGCUGGGCACAAACGGCAGCGUCCAGGUCGUGGUUCCAAACAUCACAGAACGCUAUAUAAUACACGGCGGAUCGCACAAAAACGCCAUCGCUAUGUGCACUCUAAAAAACUUCCCCGUCAACAUCAACCACACCCUGCAGUGGGCGAGAGACAUGUUCGAGGGCGCGUUCCGGCAGCCAUCUGAAGUGAUCAAGCAAUACCUAGAGGAUCCGGACAAGGUCCAGCAGAUGCUGAGAGCGCCGACGCCCCAAGACAUCGAGCACCUGAACUCCCUGAAGGAGGCAAUAUCACGCAUCCCUCGCUCCUUCGCGGACUGUGUGAAGUGGGCGAGGCUGCAGUGGGAAGAACAGUUCCACUUCCAGAUCGCCGAGCUCUUAGAGCAGUUUCCUCCCGACCACAGAACCGAGAGCGGCGCGCCCUUCUGGACGGGGAACAAGCGCUGUCCUCACCCCCUCAAAUUUGACGCGGCCGAAGAGGAGCACCUUACCUUCGUCCUCGCCGGCGCCAAUCUCUUGGCGGAGUCCUUCGGCAUCCCUCAGGUGCGGGACCCCCAGGCCAUCGCCAAUGCGCUGAAGGAAGUCGACGUUCCGGAAUUCGUGCCCCGAAAGGAGCCGAAGAAGGAUGAAGGACUCCUCAGCUUAUUCAUGGGCUCGCUCAAGAUCUCGGACCUCCAGGCCGCCAUCUCACCUCCGGAUGACCUCAAAGGACUCAUUCUCAAUCCGCUGUCCUUUGAGAAGGACGAUGACACAAACCUCCACAUGGACUUCGUGACGUCCGCCUCCAACCUGAGGGCAGAGAAUUACAACAUCGAAAAGGCAGACAAAUACACCAGCAAGAGGAUUGCAGGCAGGAUCAUCCCUGCCAUUGUGACAUCGACUGCCUUGGUGGCCGGGCUGGUGGCGGUGGAACUCUUCAAGGUCGUACAAGGGCACGAGAGGCUAGACUUAUACAAGUGCAGCGAAUUUAGUCUGGCUCUUCCCCGAUUCUGCUCAAUGGAGCCAGAACCUGCCCCUGUCAAAGUGUACAACGGCGUCGAGUGGAGACCAUGGGACAUGUUUGAGGUGGAAGGUGACAUGACGUUGGAGGAAUUCUUCAAGUUCUUCAAGGAAAAACAUGAUCUCAGCAUUAACAUGGUGGCCGAGGGAGAUCAGGCGGUUUUCAGUUUCUUCUUGAACGCAAAGGAAAAGGAGAGAAGGAUGAAGAUGACCAUCUCUGCCAUCCUGAAGGAACUCGUGGGCGAGGAAGCAGCUCCUAAACCAGGAUCCUUCUUGAUGUUGGAUCUGAACGUAAAGGAUCGCGAAGGAAAACGCGCCGAGGUUCCUUUCGUCCGCUAUUCCAUUCCCGCCACAACCCCCUGCACGAAUUAGCCAAUCACGUGGCUGCGGACAUGAACUGACUACAGGAAGUUAGCCAAUGGGAGAGUGACUUGGUGUUUCAGCCAAUCAGAAAGAAGGAGCUUCAGCGAAUGGCGGCCAAUGGAAAACACGAAGGAGUUCUAUGAAAAAUAACUGCUCCGUUAAUGAACCAAUUAUUUACAGACAAUCGCGUGAACUAACCA